AUGAGGAUUUGGCUCCUCCUAUGGCUGGUCUUAAUACUCGCGCAAACCAACCCCUUCAGCAUAGGCAGGAUCUUGGUUUCGGGGCAGUGUCUCGCCAGCGAUCAGAAAUCGCUGCUGCUGGAAUUGAAGAUUAGCCUCAACUUCACUGCUUCUUUGUCCUCGAAAUUGGUCAGAUGGAAUCAGAGCAAUGAUUCUUGGGACGGCGUGAAGUGCGAAGGGGGCCAAGUGACGGGGCUUGAUCUGAGCAACGAGAGUAUUGCUGGCGGAGUUAACGAUUCAUCAAGUCUUUUCAGACUCAAGUAUCUUCGGAGGCUGAAUUUGGCCUUCAACCGCUUCCAGUCUCUGGAGAUCCCACCUGGGUUCAGUAAUCUCACCAAUUUGGUGCACCUGAAUCUUUCAAAUGCGGGCUUCACAGGACAGGUUCCCAUUGGAAUAUCACAUUUGACAAGGUUGGUUACUCUUGACGUAUCCAUGCUUUAUUUUCCUGGGCUCACUUCACUGAAACUCAAGAAUCCAAAUCUAAAGAUGCUUGUUGGGAAUCUUAUCGAGCUGAGAGAGUUGUACCUUGAUGGAGUGAACGUGUCAGCCACGGGCAAUGAAUUGUGCAAUGCGUUGUCUUCUUCGCUGCUGAAGCUUCAAGUGUUGAGCAUGACGAAUUGUUAUUUAUCAGGUCCCAUUGAUUCUUGCUCUUCCCUUGUGAAACUUCGUUCUCUGUCAGUGAUUAAACUGGGCAACAAUAAUCUGUCUACCACUGUACCGGAGUUCUUUUCCAACUUCUCCAAUUUAACUACUCUGCAUCUCAGUAAUUGUGGCCUGCAGGGAGAAUUUCCUCAAGAAAUCUUCAAGGUACAAAAACUUCAGACCAUUGACCUAUCAUUCAACGAACUCCUUCAGGGUUCUUCGCCCAGAUUUCCAGAGAAUGGUUCUCUUCAGAAACUGGUUCUUAGUUUCACGAAUAUUUCCGGGAGGCUCCCAGAAUCAUUUGGUAAUCUGAGAAAUUUGUCACGAAUAGAAUUGGUGAAUUGCAGCUUUGAUGGAAAUAUCCCAAGCUCUUUCGCCAAUCUUUCGCAACUGGCUUAUCUGGACUUCUCAUUCAACAAUUUUACUGGUUCAAUUCCAUCCCUCAGCAAGUCCAAGAAUAUGACACAAAUCAAUUUGUCCCGCAAUAAUCUGACUGGUCCGAUUAAUUCAACCCAAUGGGAAUAUCUCUCGAGUCUUCUUAUUCUCGAUCUGCGAUUCAAUUUACUGAAAGGAAAUAUUCCUUCAUCUCUGUUCACACUUCCAUUGAUUCAGAAGCUUAAACUUUCCAACAACCAAUUUUCUGGUCAAGUGAAGGAAUUUUCUAAUGCUACACCGCACAAACUGGUUACGCUUGAUUUGAGCAACAACAAUAUAGGAGGAGAACUACCAAAGUCUGUAUGGGAAUUCCGAGAGCUCAAGUACCUCUCGCUUUCUUCCAAUAAUUUCAGUGGCUCAUUCGACAUUAAUUUGGCAUCUUCAUUCCCUAACCUUACAACUUUAAAGUUGGCUUCUUGCCAUUUGACGAUUUUACCAGAGUUCCUUGCUGAGCAACACAGAUUGUUAUAUCUAGACCUCUCUCGCAAUUGGAUUCAGGGCAAGAUACCGCAAUGGAUAUGGGGGCUUCAAAAUCUUCUGUAUCUCAAUAUUUCGUCUAAUUUGCUCAAAGAAAUUGAAACACCGUCGCUUGAUCUCACUUCUGCUUCUCUGUAUGUUCUUGACCUCCAUAAUAACAGCCUCCGUGGACAAACAUUACCACUGCCGCCAUUUGCCACUCACUUGGACUUCUCGAGUAACAACUUCACUUCAGUCAUUCCACCUGCUAUUGGUACGAAUCUUUCUGUGGCAAUAUUCUUCUCGCUGUCCAAUAACAAUUUCCAGGGGUCUAUCCCAGAAUCAAUUUGCUAUGCUGAAUAUCUCAAGGUGCUCGACCUAUCUCAUAAUAAUUUGACGGGAAAUAUUCCUGACUGCUUAGUGAUGGAGUCUCUCAAGGUAUUAAAUCUGCGAGACAAUGCCUUGAACGGUGGCAUUAUCAAUUUCCCCGAAACAUGUGGUUUGAAGACUUUGGAUCUCAGCUCUAAUCUAUUACGAGGGCAGUUCCCAGAGUCAUUGGCAAAUUGCACAACUCUGGAGGUUUUAGACGUCGGAAACAACCAGAUUGAUGACGUGUAUCCAUGUCAAUUGAAGAGCAUUGCAAGUCUACGUGUACUCGUGUUACGAUCCAACAAGUUCCAUGGAGGGGUUGGAUGUCCGGAGACUAGUGGCACUUCGAAGAUGCUUCAAAUUGUAGACAUAUCUUCCAACAAUUUCAAUGGCACUCUGCCUUCUAAAUACCUCACAACUUGGGAGGCUAUGAAGGCUCAUGUAGACAUGAAUCGUAUCCAGUAUCCAUUCCUUUCCGGACUCUAUCAUCAGGACACGAUAAGCGUCACCAUCAAGGGUCUGCAAUUGGAGCUGGUGAAGAUCUUGACUCUUUUCACCUCAAUCGACUUCUCAUGCAAUGAUUUCGAGGGUCCAAUACCUGACAUUCUUGGGGAUCUGAAAGCGCUUUAUUUCCUCAACUUAUCAAAGAAUGGAUUCUCAGGGCCAAUUCCUUCAUCCCUAGGACACUUGCAACAGUUUGAGUCCUUGGACCUUUCAUGGAACGACCUCAAUGGGACGAUUCCCCAACAGCUUUCAGAUCUUACUUUUCUUGCCUUCCUGAACCUCUCAUACAAUAAGCUUGAAGGUAGCAUUCCAGCAGCCAAACAAUUUUCCACCUUUUCAAAAGAUGCCUUCGAAGGCAACGCCAGAUUGUGUGGACCACCGCUACCCACAGAAUGCUCAGAUCCCAAUAGCAAGGGAACAAAUCGCUCAGAUUCCUUUGAAGGCAAUGCCGGCGACAGUGAUGAUAGCGAGAAGUGGUUUUACAUGGGCAUAUCGCUUGGAUUCGUGGUUGGCUUCUGGAUAUUUUGUGGUUCGUUAGCGUCAAUCAAAUCUUGGAGAUUUGCUUAUUAUCGAUUAUGGGAUAAAGUAUUGCUCAGACACUUACGUCCAUGAAGAUUUCAGCUAAGGUUCAGUUAUUAAACUCAAGAAAAAGUAUUUUCCUUUGUUUGUUCUCUUCAUAAUUCUCCAUCACCUUUAAAAAGACGUUUUGUUUAUUGAUCUGCAUAUAGAGUAUUUACACUUUUGUU